UAUGUAUUGCCCCGCCAUACACUGUCGACCGGUCUGCCGAGGUACCCCGGAUCGGCGUUACAUCACCGCCCCGGGCAGAGCUAUCCCGCCCGCGUUCAUAUGUUUUUCUAUGCCGUCUGUGUGUCUGGUCAGCAUGCUGCACAAACCCCUCCCAUUCUGAGCAAACAAAACACUACAUCGCAUCCUGCCCGCCAUGGCCCCGAUGCUCGAGUUCCGCACUCAGGGCUUCAACCCGUAUGCCGUCAAGUACUCGCCCUACUACGACUCGCGCAUCGCCGUUGCGUCAUCGGCCAACUUUGGCAUCGUCGGCAAUGGCCGCGUGUUUUGCCUCGCCUUGACAGCACGGGGCGUCGAGAUCGAGACGACGUUCGACACGAACGACUCCCAAUAUGACCUCGCCUGGUCCGAGAUCAACGAGAACCAGCUCGUCGUCGCCUGCGGUGAUGGCUCCAUCAAACUCUUCGACCUCGGCGUCAAGGACUUCCCCGUCAUGAACUUCCACGAGCACAAGCGAGAGACCUUUUCCGUCAACUGGAGCCCCAUCACGAAGGAUACCUUCGUCUCCAGCUCGUGGGACGGCACGAUUAAAGUGUGGUCUCCGACCCGCGAACACUCCCUCCGUACCCUCCCCGUCGGGAACUGCACCUACUCGGCUUCCUUCCAGCCCUCGAACCCGCACAUCAUCUCCGCCGUCUCGUCAGACUCUCAGAUCCGCAUCUUCGACCUCCGCACGCCCGCCUCCUCGCGCUACCACCUAACCUCCAUGAUCCCUGUCCACGCCGCAGGGCCUUCCUUCCCCUCCGCCGCGCCCGCCGAGGUCCUCACUCACGAUUGGAACAAAUACCGCGACACCGUCAUCGCGACGGGCGGCGUCGACCGUGCCGUGCGCACGUUCGACAUCAGGAACCCGACGGCAGGGCCCCUGGCCGUCAUGCAGGGGCACGAGUACGCCGUUCGCCGGCUCGCGUGGAGCCCGCACGCCAGUGACUUGCUGUUGACGGCGAGUUAUGACAUGACGGUCAGGUUGUGGGAUGACCGGUCAAAUGCGCCUCCGACAGGGCCGCCGGGCGGGGCUCAGAUUGGCGCGCAGGUCGGGAUUAUGAACAGACACACCGAAUUCGUCGUCGGCGUGGACUGGUGUUUGUUCGGCGUUGGCGGGUGGGUUGCGACCGUCGGCUGGGACGAGAGGGUUCUUCUCUGGGACGCGAAUGCGCUCCUGGCCGGCCGAUAAGAAAGUGGCGAGCAGUUGCUUGGGUUCGUGCUUUCUGGCGCUGAAGAUUCUCAUCCCCAAGGGAGGCGCAUUUUCUUCUUCUGGCUUCCUUGUCAGGGCGUUUGGGGGUUCUAGGGAGGGGAAGGCGUGUAUGGCCGCUUAAAAAAGUGAUCGGCUUGAAUAAGCGCUGCAAGCGGCAUCCAUCGACUGGCGUUGUACGGAGCGGUACUGAUGUUAUACUCGAGGGAAGCUUUUCUUGGACCAACACAGGGAAAAGGACCAUCGUUACCAUGGCAGGGUAUGGCGAUACCGUAAUCACACAUACCGAGAGGGCACACGCACAGAGAAAGUGAGAGAGAGAUGUCACAUAUAAAAGCAGAGGGCCAAGAGUUCUU